AUGCACAUGACGCCCUCCUCGCCCUCCUCCCCCACCUUGGAUUCUUUCGCGUCAGUCUCGGCUUUGCCGCCCGAGAAAAACGCGAGGGGCACCUCCGCAGCCAAGAUCCGCAGUUGCGUGGUCUGCCGCAGCCGCAAAGUUCGUUGCGACAAGCUCUCGCCGUGUUCAAACUGCCGUAGGGCUAACAUCCCCUGCGUGGUGCCGUCUAAUGACCGGCCCCCGAGAUGGGCGCGGCGUCUGGAACGCAUUGCCAACGAUGGGCAGGGUGGCACAGGUGAAGGUGCUGACAAACUUGGAAAUGAUCAAGUGAUGGACAGACUACGCACACUUGAGGGCUUAGUCAAAGAGCUCAGUGGACAGUUAGAGAUAGCUAAUGCUGCUGCAAGCAGAGGGGGUUCCUCUGAUGCCGCAUCUCCUCCCGAUACUACUAGGGAUGCGGCUAGUCCUUCCUCGACAUCAACUACUUCGGAUGUGCAAAAGCAUUUUGGCAGAAUGGUGCUGAAGGACACAAAUCAAGGGAGGUAUAUUGCCAGUGGAUUCUGGUCUCGUAUCAGCGACGAGCUCGAUGGACUGAAGAUGGACACUCGUAAGCUGGCGGACGAUGAGCUAUCAUCUGAAGACGAGGAUUUACCGGCAAAUACUCCCUCGACGCAAGAACUUCACCGAGACCCUUUGGAACGACACGCGUUUCUGUUCCAAAAUGAUCCGAACUCAUUGUCUAGUGGGCAAAAAUUUGACCCAUUGCCAUCACAAAUACCAUUCCUGUUAGAUGUCUUCCAGGAAAACAUAAACUUGCUCAUGUAUGUUGUUCACAUGCCCGACCUGAGGAAACUCAUUCGACCAACACGUGGUGCACCCACUGCCAUUUCAUUGAAGAACCAGGCGUUAUUGUUUUCGAUUUACUACGCAGCAAUAACCUCAAUGGACGAUGAAGAUGUGUUGCUCAAUUUCGGGUCUACAAGAACAGAACUCAACAUUAAAUUUCGACGUGGUCUCGAGCAGGCUUUGGCACGGGCAGAUUUCCUCAACAAUCCCGACAUUAUUCUCGUACAAGCCUUGGUGAUCUUUCUUGCUCUUGCUCGCCGACACGACAGUCCUGUAUACGUAUGGAUGAUGACAGGUCUUCUGAUUCGCAUGGCCCACGCUGUUGGUCUUCAUCGAGAUGGUUCGCGGUUUGAGCAUUUAUCGCCCUUUGAGGUGGAACAGAGGCGACGUCUUUGGUGGACAAUCAUCACUGUCGAUAUUCGUGCGUCUGAAGACCAAGGAACUGAGUUCACAAUAACCCAAGAUAGCUUCGACACUAAAUUGCCCUUGAAUAUCAACAUCUCAGACCUAGAGCCAGGUACAAAGGAAACACCCGCAGAACACGACGGGGUCACCGAUAUGACCUUCAUGCUCGCCAUGUGCGAGUUAGCCAGCGUAUCAAGACAGCUGAUGGCUUCGGGCAUCAACACGGCUGGGCCGACUCUCGAUGAACAAACUCGAUUAAUUGAGAGCCUGCAAGUGAAACUGAAUAACGGCUAUUUUCGAUACUCAGUCGAGCCUGACGACAUCGUUAAUUGGGUUGGUGUUGUGUGUACGCGCUUAGUUCUAUCCAAGCUGACCCUCUUGGUUUACUUACCUUCUCUUUUCGCCUCUCCCAACGAGCGCUUUUCUGACGAAGUUCGAGACAAAUUACUCGUGGCUGCUAUUGAAGUAGCAGAGCACAACCACGCUCUCAACUCUGAGACGAAGUGCCGCCAAUGGCGAUGGAUCUACCAGACUUAUACACAUUGGUAUGCCAUUGUCUGGCUGUUGAUUGAGAUUUCUCGACGAGACUGGUCAUCUACCGUUGAGCGUGCAUGGAUCGCCUUGCACAGCGUUUGGUUGAUACCAUCACAACAUAAUAUGGCCAAGAAUAUUCGCAUGUGGGUUCCACUACGCAGGCUGAUGGCCAGGGGGAGGAGCCAUCGUGAAUCCCAACUGGCACAAAUACGUAACGAUGCAACAUUGACUCAAAGGCUAGAAGACGUUGAUCGUUGUCUCCCCACGCCCAUGAGUCCGGAAUCAUCUCUAGACACCCAGACACGUGAGCGGUUUCAUGAGCAUUGGUGUAGUCUUGUGUGGAAAGCUAGAAACACUCCCUUUGGGCCCUCGCUGUCACAACUCAGUGGUGUAGAGACUAUGCAGUCCGGCAACACUGUUUCAGAUGCUCCUGUGAGUUACCAGGCGGGGAUUUGGACAGAUACACCAGCUGGAAGCACUCCUCAUCAAGAUAGUCUCUAUCCGAUUGGGGCCACCAGCAAGCAGUUGAUCGAAGACCCAAAUACGUACCCGCAGUGUUGGCCAGAUGGCCAAGUCAUGGGAACGGGUUCGACGCCUUGGCUAUGGACAGACCUGGAUCAAGGCAAUGGCGUAUCAGAAGACAUAGGGACCAACAUGGAUAUAGAUACUGACAUCGACUGGAAUACAUGGUUACAGUCUGCGUCAGGAAUGGAGCUGAAAGGAGGGAAGACAAGCGUCUCCUGA